UUUUUUUUUUCUUCUUCUUCUUUCUUUUCCUUUUUUUCCUUGUUUUCUAUUUUUUUUCCCUUUAUAUAACACGCAUAAAGAAAAAGAUUGUAUAGAAAAGUUAUGCAUCUUAGCGAUUUCACCUAUUUAGAACGAUGUACUAUCUAUGUUUAUGCUAUAUUCUACUUUUUUUAUUCAAUAUGGAAAAGUGAUGGAUUUCAAUGUUUACGUUUGAAAAAGAUUUUGUCAGGUGAAUUGAAAUCUGUUCUUACUGUAUUGAUGAUGCUUACGAUGACUGCACAAGUCGUUUGGGAUUUAACAUUCACUUAUAUCAAAUAUAAUGAAGGAUAUAUGGAACUUAAUGGACAAGCUAUUAUCAAACCAUACCAAUAUUGGUCUCCACAAAAUCAACAAUUGGCUCUUGCCGUCAACUAUAUUGAAGCUGCUGCUUACUCUUUACAAACAAGUCUUUACGUUAUGUUACAAUGCUUUUGGAACUACUUAUCAAACUCGGUGGCCAAUAAGGACUUUAUGGGUUCUUUUGAAUUCAAGUUUUAUAUCGUUUGGUCUAUCUUGAGUAUGGCUAUGUUUCCUAUCCUUCAAUGGUAUUAUCAUUAUGAUCCUAUCAAAGAAGAGGUCAUUCCUCAAUUUGCCUAUGCCGGUGAAGUCUUCAUUACUGCUCUUCUUGGUAUUCGAACCUUUCUUCGUUUUAGACGCAUUAUUCAACAUGGACGUGAAACAAAUGCUAACCCUUUGGUGAUCAACAAGAUGAAAUAUUUUAUGGAUAUUAACUCUUUGAUGACAGCCUGUUUAUUCUCCUAUUCGAUUUCUUUUUUGAUCAUGUGUAUCGAUGGUAUGACUGACGCCAAAGUGAUUGCUACCAACAAGUUUGCUGUAGAUUGUAUCCUUGCCAACAUCAAUAUUACUGUUCUCUUUUUAUAUAUACUCUUUAUUGCCGUCUUCCAUCCUCGAAAGUUAUACGGUAUGAGCAACUCUGUUACCAAUCCAUCCUCUGGUCAACCAUCCAACAAUUUCAACAGCAAAAGUAUCAACAUGGAUACAAAGGACACAUCUAUGGAUAUGGAAGAAACAACAACAGCAAUGGCAUCUGCACCAGUAAGAGCACGUCAUGAUAGAAUAGGAUCACACAAAAGAUUUAGUCAAAGAGUGACAAGUUUUAUUGGACAAAAAUUCCAGCAACGUAUGAUGGAUGCACCUACCGACUCAUUUCAGCAAACAUUUGAAAAAAAUGAGUAUCAUCUUGACAAUAUGAGCAACGAUAUCAUUACGAAUCCACCUACACUCUCAUCUUCCAACACCACAGCACCCUCAUCAUCAGUGUCACAACGCGCACGUGGAUAUUAUGAAAGCAAGACAUUUAUGCGACCCAUGAGUCCUGUAAGUGUGGAUUAUCCAUCACCAUCCAUGACUGGUGAUACAGUACCUUUGACCAUUCCUCCUUCUCCGCAACACCCUCCUUCGCCAUAUGGAUCAUCCAGUUUUUUACUUCAACAACAACGAUAUCCUUUAUCAACUCCUCAUGAUCGACAUCAUCAACGACGUGCAAGCAAUGAUUCUGUUUUAGAUCUUCCUUCUUCCCCGCCUCAGACUCUGGAACAAUCAGAUUGGUUACGUCGAUCUCCUGAUCGUCGCAAUCACUAGAUGUAUUGACCCUCUUUUGUAGCUUAUAGUUCAUUUCUAUAUUUUUUUUUUAUCUUCCGAUAGUCUCAUUUCCCUUUUGUACUUUUAUUUUAUUUAUCUCCCUUAAUCUCCCACUAAUAGUAUAAUGACCACCAUUCACUCUACAAAAUUCUUAUCACCUUGUAUUGUUAUAGAAAUAUCAAAAUAAAGACGCUUUUUGUAAAAUUCAC